UUUUUUUUUUUUUUUUUUCUCCCCUCCUCCCCUCUCCCCCCGCGCUGAUUUCCCUCCCCUCCGCCCGCCCUGCCUGUGUGUUUUCGCCGCCGCUCUCGCCGAGCCCCUUGGCAUGAGUUAAGCACCAGCCAUGGACACCAAACACUUCCUGCCGCUGGAUUUCUCCAACCAAGUGAAUUCCACAUCCCUGAACUCCCCCACGAGCCGGGGGCCCAUGGCCACCCCCUCCCUGCACCCGUCCAUCGGGCCGGGCAUCGGCUCCUCGCUGGGCUCGCCGGGCCAGCUGCACUCGCCCAUCAGCACCCUGAGCUCGCCCAUCAAUGGCAUGGGCCCCCCAUUCUCCGUCAUCAGCUCCCCCAUGGGCCCGCACUCGAUGUCCGUCCCCUCCACGCCCAGCCUGGGAUUCGGCACCAGCAGCCCGCAGCUCAACUCGCCCAUGAACUCCGUCACCAGCACAGAAGACAUUAAGCCACCCCUGGGGCUCAAUGGAGUCCUCAAAGUGCCAGCACACCCCUCAGGAACGAUGGCCUCCUUCACCAAGCACAUAUGUGCCAUCUGUGGGGACAGAUCUUCAGGUAAACAUUACGGGGUUUACAGCUGCGAGGGCUGCAAAGGCUUCUUCAAGCGCACGGUGCGGAAGGACCUGACCUACACGUGCCGGGACAACAAGGACUGCCUGAUCGACAAGCGCCAGCGCAACCGCUGCCAGUACUGCCGCUACCAGAAGUGUCUGGCCAUGGGCAUGAAGAGAGAAGCCGUGCAGGAGGAGAGGCAGCGGGGGAAGGACCGCAACGAGAACGAGGUGGAGUCCACAAGCAGCGCCAAUGAGGACAUGCCUGUGGAAAAGAUCCUGGAAGCUGAACUCGCUGUGGAGCCAAAGACAGAGACGUACAUCGAGGCAAACAUGGGCCUGACACCCAGCUCGCCCAAUGACCCGGUGACGAACAUCUGCCAGGCAGCAGACAAACAGCUCUUCACCCUGGUGGAGUGGGCCAAGAGGAUCCCCCACUUCUCCGAGCUGCCUCUGGAUGACCAGGUCAUCUUGCUCAGAGCAGGCUGGAACGAGCUCCUAAUUGCCUCCUUCUCCCACCGCUCCAUAGCCGUGAAGGACGGGAUCCUCCUGGCCACGGGGCUGCACGUGCACCGGAACAGCGCCCACAGCGCCGGCGUCGGGGCCAUCUUCGACAGAGUACUGACAGAACUGGUGUCCAAAAUGAGGGACAUGCUGAUGGACAAGACAGAGCUGGGCUGCCUGCGAGCCAUUGUCCUCUUCAACCCCGACUCGAAGGGCCUCUCGAACCCGGCGGAGGUGGAGGCGCUGCGGGAGAAGGUGUACGCGUCCCUAGAGGCUUACUGCAAACACAAAUACCCCGACCAGCCCGGCAGGUUUGCCAAGCUUCUGCUCCGCCUCCCAGCCCUUCGGUCCAUCGGCCUGAAAUGCCUGGAGCACCUCUUCUUCUUCAAGCUAAUAGGCGACACGCCCAUCGACACCUUCUUGAUGGAAAUGCUGGAAGCGCCGCACCAAAUGACUUAGAGAGAACUCUGCUGGGUCAGUCCCUCGCCCGGCCGGGCUCCCUCGGGGCCCUUCCUCCGCUUUCUUCCGCCCCAGCCCGUCCCUCCCUGCUGCCCCCAGCGCCGGAGGCACCGUCUGAUCCGGGGGACACCCCGCCGUCCUGGCCUCCUCGUCGCCUGACCCCCUGUCCGUUCGCUGUCACUGCUGCAUCUCCAGACCUGCUCGCUGGUUCCCUGUGCUACUUGUAGAGAAGUGGGAGCGGAGAGAGCUUUGCCAACCCCUGCCCCCGCCGUGCCAUGAGGUUUGGGAUGAGCCACGGCGUCACCCCCUCCGUCCCCGCUGCUUCCCUGGGGAUAAGGACGGUGCCGGCCCUCGGGGCAGUGGGGUUUGGCCGAGCCGAGGAGAGUGGUUGGACUCGGAUUGCAGCUGGGCUAUUUUCAGAGGAUGGAGUUUUUGAAAAAGAGAAGAAGAAGAAAAAAAAAAAAAAAAAAAAAACCAAAAAAAGAAAAAAAAAAAAAAGAAAAAAAUUCUAUUUUUGGUUUCUAACUAUUCUUAGUAGUGUCAGUAGUUACUCUGCAGAGGGAGAGGUGGCCCGGCCGUGCCCCGUGAGUGAGUCACCCGUGGCUGCACAGAGCCUUCUCCUUCCCCUUCAGAGCUGAGGAUUUGGGAUUGAGCUGAAUCCCCCCCGAACAACGCGCUGGCCGUGGCACAGGAAAUGCCCUUGUGGCCAUCCCAGAGGGCGGCCGGGCAUCGCUGCCCACCCCAGAGGUGCCCGUGUGGACAUGAGCCAGCUGCAGCGCUUGCUUUAAGGCUGCCAGGGACUCCCCAUUGCCCUUGCCCAGCUCCUGGGGGCUUGCUGGGACCCCUGCUCUCAGCACAGCAUCCCAGUAUAUCCCAGCACUGCCCCAGUAUAUCCCAGUGUAUCCCAGCAUGACCCCACUCCGGGGUUUCGGCUCACCCACAAGGCCGCUCCUGUUGUUUCAGCUCUGCACAACACUGCAAGGCAACAAUUAGUGGGAGUGCUCAGCCAGGCUGGUUAAUUGCAGCUGUUAAUUAGUGGUGAAGCAAGAACAGGGCUCCCCCUCCCCUGGAUGCAGGCCUGGGAGGGCCCAGCUGGGUGGGGGAUGUGGCAGCACCAUCCCUGUCCUGCCCGGGAUCCUGGGAGCACCAAAAGCACCUUGGCUGUUGCACAACCCUUUCCUUGAGUCUCGGUGUGACAGCGGGGAGCUGGGCAGGUUUUUGGGGAUUAGGGUCCCAGGAAUGUGUUCACACCC